GAUUGGCUGUAGUAGCACUGAAGGCAAAGGAAGGGAGGGGAGAGGAGGGGAAAGAGAGUCUUGCAGCACUCAAAUGUAAACAGUGGAAAGAAAGAGAUCGAGAGUAAAAGCUUGGGGUGCUCUCCCGAUUGAGCAGCCCCCGGAAAUCUGCAAUGACUCGUGUAGCCGGCCUUUUGUUCACCUAGCUCCGGUAGCCCCGGUGGGGUGGAUGGAAAGCCCAUGCUGUGAAGGCAGCCAAUGUCUCUUCCAUGGAUUUUAACAAUAGGGACCGUGGGGAUGCACUAGCUCCCCCCAGCACUGCAGCUCCUGGCCCUGCAUGCUAGUUCAAACGGGGCAAUGGAAACGAGCAUGAGGAAGUUCACAGUGCGUAGAUUCUUCUCGGUGUAUCUCCGCAAGAAAUCCCGUUCGAAGAGUUCGAGUUUAAGUAGAUUUGAGGAAGAAGGCAUUGUGAAGGAAAUCGAUAUCAGUCAUCAUGUAAAAGAAGGAUUUGAAAAGGCAGACCCUUCCCAAUUCGAGCUCCUGAAAGUUUUAGGGCAAGGUUCCUAUGGAAAGGUGUUUCUCGUAAGGAAGAUCAAGGGUUCAGAUGCUGGACAGCUUUACGCCAUGAAGGUUCUUAAGAAAGCUACAUUAAAAGUUCGAGAUCGGGUAAGAUCAAAAAUGGAGAGAGAUAUUUUGGCAGAAGUGAAUCACCCUUUCAUUGUCAAGCUUCAUUACGCCUUUCAGACAGAAGGAAAACUGUAUCUAAUAUUAGAUUUCCUACGAGGAGGAGAUCUUUUCACCAGACUCUCCAAAGAGGUAAUGUUUACUGAAGAGGAUGUGAAGUUCUACUUAGCUGAGCUGGCCUUGGCUUUAGACCACCUUCAUGGUCUAGGAAUCAUUUACAGGGAUCUAAAGCCUGAAAACAUCCUGCUGGAUGAAGAGGGGCACAUUAAGAUUACAGAUUUUGGCCUGAGCAAGGAGGCUAUCGACCAUGAUAAGCGAGCUUAUUCCUUCUGUGGGACAAUAGAAUAUAUGGCUCCAGAGGUGGUGAAUCGACGAGGGCACACACAGAGUGCAGACUGGUGGUCCUUUGGUGUGCUCAUGUUUGAGAUGCUAACGGGGUCGCUACCGUUCCAAGGAAAGGACAGAAAGGAGACCAUGGCCCUCAUCCUCAAAGCCAAGCUCGGGAUGCCUCAGUUCCUAAGCAUUGAAGCCCAGAGUUUGCUGCGGGCACUCUUCAAAAGGAACCCCUCCAACAGACUAGGUGCUGGCCUUGACGGAGUAGAAGAAAUUAAGCGCCAUCCUUUCUUUGUAACCAUCGACUGGAAUAAGCUGUACAGAAAAGAAAUCAAGCCACCUUUUAAACCAGCAGUGGGCAGACCUGAAGAUACAUUUCAUUUUGAUCCUGAGUUCACAUCCAGGACCCCUACAGAUUCCCCUGGUGUUCCUCCAAGUGCCAAUGCUCACCAUCUUUUUAGAGGAUUCAGCUUUGUGGCUUCCAGCCUGGUCCAAGAACCUGCGCAGCAAGAUCUACACAAAGUCACAGUCCAUCCAAUUGUGCAGCAGUUACAUGGGAACAACAUUCACUUUACAGAUGGCUAUGAGAUCAAGGAGGACGUUGGAGUAGGUUCAUAUUCGGUGUGCAAGAGAUGUGUGCAUAAAGCUACUGAUACCGAAUAUGCUGUGAAGAUAAUUGACAAGAGUAAAAGAGACCCCUCAGAAGAAAUUGAGAUUCUCUUACGAUAUGGACAGCAUCCAAAUAUCAUCACCCUGAAGGAUGUCUACGAUGAUGGGAAGUAUGUUUACCUUGUGAUGGAGCUGAUGAGAGGCGGGGAACUUUUAGACCGCAUCCUCCGACAGAAGUAUUUCUCAGAAAGGGAGGCUAGUGCUGUGCUGUGUACCAUUACUAAGACUAUGGACUACCUCCAUUCCCAAGGAGUUGUUCAUCGAGAUCUGAAGCCUAGUAAUAUCCUAUACAUGGAUGAGUCUGGAAAUCCGGAUUCCAUCAGGAUCUGCGAUUUUGGAUUCGCCAAGCAACUGAGGGCAGAGAAUGGGCUGCUCAUGACACCGUGCUACACAGCUAACUUCGUGGCCCCUGAGGUGUUGAAACGGCAGGGCUAUGAUGCAGCUUGUGAUAUCUGGAGCUUAGGGAUCCUUUUGUAUACAAUGCUGGCAGGGUUCACUCCUUUUGCAAACGGGCCAGAUGACACUCCUGAAGAAAUCUUGGCAAGGAUUGGCAGUGGGAAAUACGCACUUUCAGGAGGAAACUGGGAUUCUGUAUCCGAUGCUGCAAAGGAUGUUGUAUCCAAGAUGCUUCAUGUGGAUCCCCAUCAGCGCCUGACUGCAGUCCAAGUACUGAGACAUCCAUGGAUCGUAAACAGGGACUACUUAUCUCAAAACCAGCUCAGCAGACAGGAUGUCCACCUGGUGAAGGGUGCAAUGGCUGCCACUUACUUGGCUUUAAAUCGAACCCCUCAGGCACCAAGAUUAGAACCUGUAUUAUCUUCCAACCUGGCUCAGCGAAGGGGCAUGAAGAGGCUUACUUCAACAAGAUUGUAGCAGACAAGCAAGAGCACCUAGCCACACACCCUACAGCUCCUCCCCAGAGAGGCCCAUCUUCGUUACUCAGCUCCUGGACUCUUGGGUACUGCACAUGAGCAUUGCUGGAAUGGCCAGAAGUCCAAAACAAGGCAGCGCUCUCCCUUGGCUCGUUUCAUUUCCUUUUCCAGCCCUAAACAGGACUCUGACUUAUUGACUUCUCAAAGCUGUGCUGUGCCAACAUUACCAACUGCUCUUCUUCCUUAUUCCCAAGUAAAACCAAAUGAAUUAAUUUCCUCAGAAUCAUUCUAAAGCUCUUCAGGAUUCUAUGAGAACCUGUACAUGCCUAUGUUAGUCUUAUUAUUUUCAUCAAAAUAAUUUUUCAAAGUGUUUUAAAGAGACACUUUUUGAUUGAAAGGCCAAUGAUCUGAGCCCACAAUUUGCUGCCUUACCAGCUAAUAUGCAGAGAAAUUUUUUUAAAUUGUCCAAAUACAUCAAUCAAUAACCCAUUGAUGUUCAUUUCCAAAAGGGCAAAAGCUACUAUAGUAUCCCCCUAAGAUUUCCAGUUGGCUGGAUAAUGCCCUGUGCAUUUCAGCAUCUAGGGAUGGACUCCUAUUUGCAUUCAGAGAAAUUAAAGGUAUUACUUUUCUCUCUGCUCUCCUCCCAUGUUGAUUGAGGUGGGUUUACAUUGUCCCUUUUUCUCUUUCCAAGUGGAAAGGGGAGAAAAGCCCACCCAAAAUGUAAAUGAGGCCACCAAGAUGAUAAUACUUUGGCCUUCAUGUACCAAUUUCACUAAAAUGAAGAAAAUAAAC